CGAGAUGGAACGAGCUCGUCGCUACUGCCGGGGAUGGGGAGCAGUAAGACUGUCCAUGUGCUUGGCGCUGGGUGUCUUGGCGACCUGCAUGGAGGUGGAUGAGCCGUCGAUCAACGUGGGGGAGGAUGGUACCCUCUACAUCAACGCGACUGACCGCGUCGUCAUCAAUGGGGUGGACAUGGUUGCGCAGUCGGCCAUUGUGCGGUCGCUCGUGCGCCUGCACCCUGAGCUGUACCUGCCGGAGUUUGGUCGACAGGUGAUUACGACGGCCGUUCAGCGCGUGAGCUCGUUGUUUGCCGCAGAUCUCGACGAGGAUGGUGACUUGGAUGUGCUCAGCGCGAGCUACGAUGAUGACAAAGUCGCCUGGUACCGCAAUGAGGGCCAGGGCUCCUUCUCCGCUCAGCUCAUCAUUUCCAACGAAACCAGGGGGGCACGCUCCGUGGUCACGGCCGACUUUGAUGGUGACGGCAUUGCUGAUGUUCUGAGCGCUAGUUUCAAGGACGAUAGCAUCAUUUGGUUCCACAACCAUGGCAACGGCUCUUUUUCCGCGCCAAUUGUCCUUGCGUCUGAUGCAUUUGGCGCGUUUGGAAUUCACGCAGCCGACCUCAACAGCGACGGCCAUGUUGACGUGAUAAGUGCCAGUGUUCAAGACCACGUGGUUGCGUGGUAUCAGAAUUACGGCAACGGCACCUUUUCAAGCCGACGUGUCCUCAGCAACCAAGCCAAUGAGGCGCGUUUUGUUUUUGCUGCCGACCUGGACAACGAUCUCAGACUGGACGUCCUGAGUGCCAGCUAUAGUGAUAACAAAAUUGCGUGGUACCGGAACCGCGGCAACGGCACCUUCUCUGCUCAAAUCAUCAUUAGCACGGAAUGCCUCGGUGCGACUGCAGUCCAUGCAGCUGAUCUUGACGCUGACGGUAAUUUGGAUGUCUUGUGUGCCUGCUUCAGCGGCCACGAGCUGGCUUGGUAUCGAAACCUUGGAAACAGCUCGUUUUCUGCGGCAAAUCCCAUCGAUAUGGCAGCAACCGGUGCCUCCACAAUACUUGCCGCAGACGUGGACAAGGAUGGCCGACUCGACGUGCUCGGCGCCAGCUAUAUCAACCAAAGCAUUACAUGGUACCGCAACAUGAGGGAUGGCUCAUUUUCCCCUCGAAUAAUCAUCGCCACAACAACAGACGCGCUGACCACCAUCUUUGCAGCUGACCUUGACCAAGACGGGGACGUGGAUGUUCUCAGCGGCACCGCUGGCCUAACGCACAGCAAAAUUGCCUGGUAUCCCACCGACACCUCCCUGAUCGACCUCCUCCGGCACUAUUGACAUGUUCAUGUCCCGAAGCGAAAGAACCAAUCCAUCUGGUAGACGUGCGUGUCUGUCCAAUAACAUGAUGAUGGUGAGAUGAAAAUUUAAACAACAUCACAUCA